AUGGCGUUUGCAAGCCGCAUGGUGUGGCUGACUCUGCUGGCCAUGGCGUCAGCAGAGGGCCAGGGAACGUGGUCAUCCCGGUGGGCGAAGAUCUACCGGAGCAUCGGCACGACCCCGUGGAGAGACCACCACAUGCGCUACAAAUACCGCCCGGGCGACGGCACGGCCAAGAAGAUCCGUGAGCAUGUGGAGAAGCGCCGCCGGCUCCUGGACAUCACCGACCCCGACACCGGUGCAGCCUAUGGCUCCGACCCAAGCGGCACCUACACUCCCAGGACAGAUGGCAAGGCCGUGAUGAACGGCGAGUUGUUUGACUACGAGAUCUUCGACUGCCCGUGGUCGAAGAACUUGGACCCCGACUAUCCCGCCAUGUGCCUGCCAUACCAGGAGAUCUUGUCGCCCAUUCCCGACUCCGUCCUGCCCACGGCGGACGUCUUCAGCGUGCCGGGCGGCUUGGUGGGGGACUUCUCCGCGCGCGACUCCACCUUCCUCAUGCCGGACGGCACCGCCAUGGAGUGCAGCGACGAGAUCGAGCGCCUCACGGGGGCUCGCUGCGCCGCCGGGAACCCGGUCCUCGGCCACGGGGCGAUCUGCGAGGGAGUGAUCGAGGACUGCACCUUCUCCAAGGCGGGCACCCGGAAGUGCGACAGCGACAAGUGCCAAUCCUGGCAGCAGAAGACGCGGUGCAGCGGCAGCGACUGCACCGCGGGCUACGAGGAGGCCCGGGUGCCCUACCCCGAGGUCUACCCGGGCAACAACCAAGGCUCCUUUGCCCCGCAGGCAGACAAGGCCGAGGCGGAGAAGUGCUCCAAGUACGACUCCGCCCUGCAGUGGCUCAAGUGCGGGAUCCCCUGUCCCUCUCCCUUCCCCAUGUCUGUGGAGGACUUCACAGGCCGGGCCGCCGUGGUCCUGGGCUUCAUCGUGAUCUCCAUGGCCGCGGGGCUCGCGACCUACUUCAAGGUCGGGGGGAACUCGGAGAACUUCUUCGUGGCCGGCCGCGACCUCCCGGUGUGGAUCCUGGUUUGCACCCUGGGCUCCCAGUGCCUCGAUGCGAGCUCCGCGCUCGGGAACUUGGACCUGGCCUACAAGUACCACUUCUGGGAUGGCGCCGCCCUUCCCAUCGGCCUCUCCCUCUCCCUGCUCAUUGUCGGGGCCUUCCUUGCCAAGCCCCUGCACGCCAUGAAGCUGCUGACGCUCCCGGACGCCUUCGCCCGCGUCUAUGGCCAGGCGGCCGAGGUGAUGGUCGCCCUGGUGACGAUGAUCUCCUUCAUCUUCCUGCUUGCGGGGAACCUCGUGGGCUGUGGGAAGGUCACGUCCUACCUCUUCGGCAUGGAUGAGUACGUCGGGAUCGUCCUGGCCACCCUCCUCAUCUGGAUGUACUCCUGCGCCGGUGGCCUCCUGUCCGUGGCCUACACCGACGUUAUCCAGGCAAUCAUUGGCUGGACUGGGUUCGUCGCGGCGACAGCAUGGAUCCAGGCCAACAUGCCCAGCACGCCUGGAGUCUCCCCCGCGUACCCGGUCGGUGACAUGCCCGUGAUCGGUGCGGGCUUGACGGAUCCCGACAGUUACGAUCCCAUCCCCAACGCCAUCUUCUUCAACUGGGCCACGGUCAUCGUCCUGGCCUUCGGGAACUGCAUGGCCCUGGACUUCAACGCCCGCUGCUUCUCGGCCAAGAGCGGGAGGGUGGCCCAAAUCUCCUGCAUCCUGGCCGGGAUCAUCGCCGGCUGCGUGGGCAUCUUCAACACCUGGAACGCCGGCACCAUGCGGGCGCUCUACGGGCCCUCCUCGCCCCACGCGGAGUUCGUGGCCAACUCCUGCUCCGCGGACAUCACGGUGAUCGGCUGCUUCGGAGGCGCGGCCGCCGACCCGAGCCUCAACAAGACCUGCAACGCCGUACCCCUCCCGGGCGUGCCCACCUGCGGCGAGUGGAAGCCGGACCCCUAUGCCGUUUUGAAGAUGCUCACCUGUGACAAGCCGGAGUGCCACGCCUUCACCGACUGGGAGGGAACUUCCGGCUACGGUGCUGGGCACGAGGCCAACUUCCCCAUGAACGGUGCGCUUGGUACUUGGUACUUGCUGGGCAUCGUGGCGGCCUCCAUGUCCACGGCCGACGGGGCCGUCGUGGCCCUCGGCACCGUCUUCACUCACAACCUCCUCCGGAAGACGAACCGGGUGUCGGACGAGAAUCUCCUCAAGAUCACCCGGUGGUCAACCUUCCUCUUCUCCGUCAUUGCGGGCCUCAUCGCGACCACCCGGCCGAACGAGACAGGCUACUUCCUGAUCGUCGCCUUCGACGUCGUCUUCGCCGCGGGCGUGGUGCCCUUGUUCGCCUUGGUGUACUGGAAGAACAUCAAGCCCGAGGCUGGGUUCUUGUCCCUGGUGGCUGGGGCGGUGACCCGCGUCGUCCUAGAGAUUGCACUCCCCAAGGAUGGGCUCUUGCUUUGGCUGGGCACCUUCGCGCGGAGCUUCGGCCCGGGCAUCGAGGAUCCGGAGAUGUUCGACGAAGCCAUCAUGUUCGGCAGGCUGCCCGACAUCUGCCCCCAGGAGCAGCUGCUCGAUUUGACCGGCUUGGACUCACUGGUAUCCCCGGCCGCAGCCUUCGUGGUCUUGGUCCUCGUGCAGCUGCUUCCCAUCCGAAACUGGGGUGGCAAGUGGUUCACAGCUGUUCCAGCUCCCGAUGAGGAGGAGAAGCCAUCUUCCCCCGAACAGCCCGUCGACGCCGCCUUCUGA